CAGAUGUUUACUGUGUAAAGUGAGGCUACGGGUUCAACAAUUCCAUACCUAGGUACUCUCUUUGGGCAUGGAUUGUAUCUCACGCCCAAAUCCAUGGUGCUACCUUACCUGUCGUCGUGCUUUGUACCGCAACGGGCAACAGCUGCCGAUUCAGGCGGGAGUGGUUGGAGCCACGAGCCCGUGAUGCUUCUGUGCCUACGAUUGGCGGAUUGCCCGCAGCCUUGUGGGGCCCCUUGCAGCUCAUGGCAGGCAUGCAUCAUUGCCGUGCCGUGGACAAGGGUCAGCAAUUCCAUUCAUCCCGAAACGCGUCGUGUCCUUUUGGAUCAUUUUUGGAGGAAAGCCCGACCUUUUGUUGGAAGCGCUCUGCAGCGUCUGCGUCGCCCACCGAGCUUUACACUACUAGACACCAGGUACUGAUUUCAUCAACCCCGCCAGCAGCUGCCUGCUCAAAGCCCAACAUCGGCGCUGCUGCAUCGGCAGCCCUGGACUCUGUCAUAUCGAAUCAAUUGGCUUAGACGAACGGGGACCUUUCCCAUCUCGCGUCCAUCUUCAUUUUGCUGCACA